AUGUUUUGCUUCGUCGAUUACCAACUUCCAGAGUGCAUCAUCAACCGUGGCAUUGGCGACAAGACUCUGCAGCGCUUCCUAUCAUGGCAGUUCAAAGAAUAUGAAGACUCCAUUAACAUACAAGUUAUGACACACCAAAUAAUAAACCACUGGCUCCAUGUCAAACGAGAAGGAGUUGCAGCAACAACUCAGGAUCAUAAUGAUAAUUCCAAUUCCAAUGCGUUUGGGAGAGUUUUUCCCCUUGAAGUUACCCUGCAUUUGUGGAAUUCAGUCAUUCAUUAUGAUUAUGAUUAUGCUAUGGUUCCAGCAAGCGAAGUUGGUAUUGAGAAGAUGUUAAAGACCGUAAAGUUUGAGGAGAUUGUACUGGAAUCAGCAACUACUUGUGUCAUUUGCUUGGAGGAGAUCACCACGAUGCCCAACCAAGAUAUCGACAGUGGAAUGUUAUUACUGCAAAUACCUUGCUUGCAUGUGUUUCAUGGAAGAUGCAUUAAGAAGUGGCUUAACAACAGUCAUUAUUGUCCCACUUGUAGAUUUCAAAUGCCUACCAAUUCAACAAAUUCUCAUCAAUAG